UGUGUUAUCCCAUAAGCCAUGGAGAAUGAGCUGCCAGUCCCCCACACAUCCAGCCGGGCCAGCGUCACCAGCAACACCAGUGGGACGGGUAGUAGCAGCAGCUGCAACAGCAGUGGCAGUGGUGGCAGCGGGCGCCCCACUGCACCCCAGAUUUCUGUGUACAGUGGUAUUCCUGACCGACAGACUGUGCAGGUGAUCCAGCAGGCCCUGCACAGGCAGCCCAGCACAGCGGCGCAGUACCUGCAACAGAUGUAUGCGGCACAACAGCAGCACCUCAUGCUGCAGACAGCAGCCUUGCAGCAGCAGCACCUUAGCAGUGCACAGCUCCAGAGCCUGGCAGCAGUGCAGCAGGCCAGCCUGGUGGCCAACAGACAAGGAAGUGCUUCCAGCAGCAGUGUGUCCGCACAGGCUCCCACCCAGUCAUCUUCACUCAAUCUGGCGGCCUCCCCCGCAACGGCCCAGCUCAUCAACAGAGCACAGAGUGUCAAUUCGGCCACAGCCUCCGGCCUUGCCCAGCAGGCUGUGCUCUUGGGCAACACAUCCUCUCCCGCCCUGACUGCCAGCCAAGCACAGAUGUACCUCAGGGCACAGAUGCUCAUCUUCACGCCUACGGCUGCCGUCGCUACUGUACAGCCUGAGCUUGGCGCUGGCUCCCCCGCUCGGCCCCCUACCCCUGCCCAGGUACAGAACCUGACCCUACGAACACAGCAGACACCAGUGUCAGCAGCCUCGGGCCCUACCCCGACCCAGCCUGUCCUGCCCAGCUUGGCCCUGAAACCCACACCCAGCAGUAGCCAGCCUCUGCCUGCCACACCACAGGGCAGGAACACGGCUCAGGGUUCUCCCGCAGGUGCUAAGUCCGGGGUGGCUGACAAUGUGGCAGAGCCACUCAAGAAAGGAGAUGGUGGCGGCAGCAUGCCAGGGAACAUGGAGGGCCGGUCUGGGCUUGGCCGAGCAGUUCCUACUAUGGCUACUCACCCCCUCAUUGCACCAGCUUUUGCUCAACUGCAGCCCCACCAGCUCCUCCCACAGCCACCAUCGAAGCACCCACCGCCCCAGUUUGUGGCACAGCAGCAGCCACAGCCACCACGGCCUGCACUCCAAGUCCAGUCCCAACCCCAGCUUGCCCCAGUCUCCCCAAACCUGGCCCUACAGUCCAUCCCAGAAGACCAUUCCAUGCCUCUAGGCCCAGGGACACCUGCCUUGCCACCCCAGUGCCCUAGUGCCCAUCCACACAAGCCAGGAAGCAGUCAGCAGUGCCACCUUCCCACACCCGACACUGGAGCUCAGAAUGGACAUCCUGAGAGUGCGUCCCAUGUCCCUCAGCGAAGGUUCCAGCACACUUCAGCUGUGAUCUUACAACUGCAGCCUGCUUCUCCUGUGCCGCAGCAGUGUGCUCCGGAUGACUGGAAGGAAGUGACGCCAGGGGAGAAGAGUGCACCUGGGACACAGCCAGGCCCGUCCACACACCAGCAAGCCAUCAUCACUGCCAUGCCUGGUGUCCUGCCUGUACCCAAGAGUCCCAACAUCCAGCAGUGCCCAGCUCACGAGACAGGGCAGGGCAUUGUUCAUGCACUGACCGACCUCAGCAGCCCCGGCAUGACCUCAGGGAACGGAAACUCUGCCUCCAGCAUCGCCGGCACUGCCCCCCAGAAUGGUGAGAAUAAACCACCACAGGCCAUUGUGAAACCCCAAAUCCUGACGCAUGUUAUCGAAGGGUUUGUGAUCCAGGAGGGGGCGGAGCCUUUCCCGGUGGGACGCUCGUCCCUGCUGGUGGGGAAUCUCAAGAAGAAGUAUGCACAGGGGUUCCUGCCUGAGAAGCUUCCACAGCAGGAUCACACCACCACUACUGACUCAGAGAUGGAGGAGCCCUACCUGCAAGAAUCCAAAGAGGAGGGUACUCCCCUCAAGCUCAAGUGCGAGCUCUGUGGACGGGUGGACUUUGCCUACAAGUUCAAGCGUUCCAAGCGCUUCUGUUCCAUGGCUUGUGCAAAGAGGUAUAAUGUGGGAUGCACCAAACGAGUGGGACUUUUUCACUCAGACCGGAGCAAGCUGCAGAAGGCAGGGACCACAACCCAUAACCGCCGACGGGCCAGCAAGGCCAGUCUGCCUACACUUACCAAGGAUACCAAGAAGCAGCCCUCAGGCACUGUACCCCUUUCAGUUACUGCUGCCUUGCAGCUGACACAUAGCCAGGAAGACUCCAGCCGGUGCUCAGAUAACUCAAGCUAUGAGGAACCCCUGUCACCCAUCUCAGCCAGCUCAUCCACCUCCCGACGGCGACAAGGCCAGAGGGCUCUGGAGCUCCCUGACGUGCAUGUGCGGGACCUGGUGGGCAUGGGGCACCACUUCCUGCCCAGUGAGCCCACCAAGUGGAACGUAGAGGACGUCUGUGAGUUCAUCCGCUCUCUGCCAGGCUGCCAGGAGAUUGCAGAGGAGUUCCGCGCCCAGGAAAUUGACGGGCAGGCCCUGCUGCUGCUCAAGGAGGACCACCUGAUGAGCGCCAUGAACAUCAAGCUGGGGCCUGCCCUCAAGAUCUACGCCCGCAUCAGCAUGCUCAAGGACUCCUAGGCCUCUGCCACCUGCCCGCC